AAUGCUUAUCUUUAAUGUCUCUUUGCUAAGAAUCAAAAUUUUUUAGUAUUUUAAUUUUGAAUUGAUAAAAAAAAAAAUUUUAAUGUGAAUUAGAACUUAUUUUAAAAUUUUGUUUCUGGUUAUCGUUAUAUGUUUCUAAUUAUUUUAUUAUAUGACAAAAUUAUUGCUGUGGGAGAGACAAAUUUUAAUAACUUGUGACGAUGUCUCGUUUUGCUGAAGAAGUAAUUCUUGGUGUUGAUACUGAGGUUCCAUGUGAAUUUUGUGAUGUACUCUUUCCUUUUGAACUUUUGAUGGAGCAUCAGUUUUACUGUACUAAACAAACCAAUUUUGAUAAUGAAGUUGCACCGAUUGCUCCUAUUGCAACUGUUUCUGCAAAAGCCUCUGAGCCUCGAAAAGCUGUAGAAGUUAAGCAGAAAUCUCCUGAUUUACCAAAACCUUCAAUAUCCAGUCCUGUUUCAAAAGAAACUACUGUAGCCUCUGCAGGAAAGCAAACUAAAGAUAACAAAACUGUCUUUGAUGAAUUGCUGAAAGAUGAUGAUGAUGAUGAUGAAACUCCAUUAAUUUUUGAAGACAAUUCACAGGAAAGUGGAAUUAAAUUAAUGUCAUAUGGAUCAAGUGUUGUGAAAAGAACUGAGGAAGAAAAGCCAAGCUUCAGACCCCCACCAAUGCCAUUUUUUGAUGACCAAACUGAAGCCAAGGAUACAUCUGUUAUAUCUGAUGAUGAUGAUGCUGGAGAAUCUUUAGAAGAUUUCUGGAGGAGAGCUGAAAUCAAAAAUACACAAAGGCUUAGAAAACUAAAAUUAUAAUUUCAUAUUCUUCUGUUUAAUUUUGUAAUAAAGUCGGAGAAUUUGUUGUUAUCUAAUGUUAAAUUUUGUUUGGAAUUUUAUUUCAAUAAAAGAUAUUGUGAAUUUUUACUGUAAAUAAUUGUAGUGAAAUCUUUAAUUUUGCAAAAUAUUUUAUUAUUAUUAUCAUUUAUCAUUAUUUAUUAUGAUUCCCCAUUUUGAUAAAUAA